AUGUCCACUGAAGCUUAUAUACCCAAAGUCAUAAAGAAGCCCGAUGUUGCCAACAUGCGCGUGAAUUACUCACAAAAUGUGCUAGUCGAGGAGCAAGGAGUCGACCCCAAUCCAUGGAAGCUCUUUCAAACGUGGUUUGAAGAAGCAAAAGAUUCGAAUCCGCCGGAUCGAGAAGUCAAUGCGAUGGUCUUGGCAACAUCAGUCGACAAUCGUGUGUCAUCCCGUGUUGUCUUGAUGAAGGAUUACGAUGAACGAGGAUUUGUCUUCUAUACCAACUACGAAUCUCGUAAAGCUUCCCAGAUCAAAGCAAAUCCUCAUGUUGGUCUCAAUUUCUGGUGGGGACAACGAUCUGUACGGAUUGAGGGAGUGGCUGAAAAGGUGUCUGAAGAAGAGUCAACAGAGUAUUACAACUCAAGGCCAAAAGGAUCACGUUUGGGAGCUUGGGCAUCCCAUCAGUCAUCGGUGUUGCCUAGUCGCAAGCCGCUGGAAGAAGAAUAUAAAAGGCUAGAGCAUGAAUAUGCACAUGCUGAUGCCAUACCUAAGCCGCCUUUCUGGGGUGGUUUUAGAGUCAAACCUGAAGUAAUCGAGUUUUGGCAAGAAUGGUCUUCAAAAGAGCUUCUACAGAACGGAGAUGAAGUCGUCAUCUUGUAUUGUGUACCAGAUGCAGAGCCCAACAUCGAUACGGAUUCGAUCUUUAUGCCUUCCGCCAACACUGGACAAGAAGCCGAAAUUGCUGAAGCUGCCAAGUUUGCCGAACAGUGGGCGUCGACAUUGAAGGAAGCACUCCAAAAAAACAACAAGGAAAUCACUACUCAAGUCGACGUUGACGUUGGAAGUCCCGGUCCUUUGAUCUGUUUAAAGGUCCAGAAGUGGUCGCCACGUUUCGUAAUUCUCGGUACCCAUGGAAGAGGCCUAGUGUCCAAUUGGUUGAUGGGAAGCGUUAGCCAGUAA